AUGGAAUCAGGUCCUUUAACCCCCUCAUUUGAUUAACAAAUAAAACCUUAAUUUAUUUUAUAAAAUAUUUUUUUAAAUAAUUUACCCAAUUUUUUUAAUUUCUAAAAAAAAUUAAUAUUAAUUUUAAACCACAAUUAUCUUCUAAAUAAAAUAUAUAUAAAUUAAUUCCUUUAAAAAGAUAAUAAAUCCUAUUUUAAAAAAAAGAUAAAAUUAAUUUUUAUAAUUUUUUUAUAUUCCAACUAUUAUUUUUUAUAAUUUUAGAAUUUUUAAAUAUAGUAAUUAAAAUAAUUUUGAUAAUUUUUUCCACUUAAAAUCGCUUAAACACUUAUAAAACUGAAGAAUUUCAGAGAGUGCUUCAUUUUAAAGUAAGAAAACUUAUACAAUAUAUACUUCAAAAAUUCUCAUUAGUAUGUUUUUAUGCUUUUAAAAUAAAUAUUUGAUUUAACUUUUUUAUUUAAUCUUUUUAAAAUCUUAUAAUUCUGAAAAAUUUUCAAGAUAGAUUGUACCCUUAUUAUAGAACAAAUUUUAGGUUUUUAAGUGGAAAUUUAGUUACUCAGCAUAUUAAAGACCCAAGAGAGCGCUUGGUUAGCCGAAUUGCUGCCUGCAUGCUUCGUGAGCCCAACUACUAUGCAAAGGCUGAAGAAAAAAUAGCCCAAAUUUUGGCUGACAUGAAUGAGGUUGCGACAAUAGACCCCGAGUUUAUCUGUCAACUUGCUUAUUACACCAGAAAUGAGCUUAACAUUCGGUCAGCAUCAAAUUUCCUAUUAGCCUUUGCAGCUAAUCAUCCUGAGGCAAAAAAGUAUCUCAAGCAGUACUUUUCAGCAACGAUUAAGCUGCCUACAGAUCUGAUAGAAACUAUUGAGUUAUGUCAGUCAUUCAGAGAGAUGGAAGUGGAAAACAAGACCAUUGUGCCAGCCUGCCUCCAAGACCUGGUUGCUGAAAAAUUCAAAACCUUUUCUAUAUACCAUCUUGGAAAAUAUUGCUCUGAAGGAAAAAGAAAAAGAAAUUUGCUGAAAGUAAGAGCAAAAAAAGCUGCCAACGAUAAGAAGCAGGAAGGGGAAGGGACAACAGAAAAAGCGGCAAGCAAGAAAGGAACUUUGUCGUUUAAACAGCUAGUUAAGAUUAAGAUUGAUUAAUUCCAUAGACUUCGUCAUUCAAAAGAGGGAAAAUAGAAAAGUGGCAGUUUUGGAUAACUGAACUAAACCACCUGCUUUAAGGAUCAACUCUCUGGGCAGAGCUAUCUCUUGAAAGUAUUUUUACAAGGAAAGAUAGUGUGGUAUAGAAAACCUGUACAGUAUUAGGAGAAACAGAAAAAACUUCUGGGAGAAACAAAACUUUCCCUCUUCUUCAGGCAUCCUCAGACUCUACUUAAAAGUGACACAGGCACCGAACUCAUCUCAAUAGGAUGAGCCCUAUCUGCUCCAUAAGAUUGCGGCUCAGAUUUUAUCCUCCGUCAACAUUCAUUUUAUAUCUUUAUCCCAGCUAGUUAGACUCUGCCACAUCAAAGAGCCUUCUAAAAACGUGAUGUCAAUUCUUGGGAAAAGAUACCCAGAGAACUCAGACGUGUUUGCUACAUCUGGAUUAGUCGUAGAUGGUGAGUUUAACCCAUCUCUAGCAAACAAAAGAAUGAAAAUCCCGACUCCAGUCACUUGGGAAACCCAACUAAGUGCCUCUGGAAACAAAGCAGAAGUGUGGGAAGAACUAAUAAGAUCCAAAAAGCUCCCUUUUAUGGCAAUGCUUAGAAACAUAAGAAACUUGCUUAUAACAGGAGUAGACCCACAAGUGCACGAAAUAGUCCAAGACAGGUUAAAAGACCCUGACCAAAUCCAAAACUCCAAGCUCUUCCCGUUCAGGUUCUUUUCCGCUUACGAAGCUAUAAAAAUUGAUCUCGAAGAGCUUCAAAAGCUAAAAGAUGACCCCAGCUACGAGCCUGUGCAGCCAGCUCCUAGACGAGGCCAAAAGCUAAAAUACAAACGAAAAAAAAUCAUCCCGAAAAUUGUCCCUACACAAGAAACUAUAGAAAGCUACUACCGCGCUUUAGAAGAAGCUGUAAAGCUUGCCACAGCUUUAAACAUCAAGCCUGUCAAAGGGAAUUCUGUCAUUUUUGCUGAUGUCUCAGGCUCUAUGAAAUGUCCUAUUUCCGGAGAAGGUGGAAUGGGAAGUGUCAGAACCUGUAUGGACAUCGGAAUUUUGCUUGGACUUAUGAUGAGACAUGUCUGUGAAAACUCAGAAUUCGUCAUAUUUUCUUCGCCAAGCAAUGAUGGCAAAUGCUGGAAGAAAAUUGAUUUGAAAGGCGACAACAUUCUUGAGCUAAUGAAUGAAGUAAAACAAGAAGCUUCAACACUUGGUGGUGGAACUGAUUUUCCAUUUGACUAUAUAUGCACUGCAAUUGAAAACAGGGCCCACUUUGAUAAUAUGUUUAUAUUUUCAGAUAUGAUGAUAUCACCGGGCAGCGGAAAUAUGAAUAAUACUAUAACUCACCUCCUCCGUGAUCGAACAAAAAAAUCUUGCUCGCUCAUGGGGGAUAAUAUUUUUUUAAAAAACUUAUAUAGAAAUUUUUAUAGAGAAUUUUUUCAAAAUUUAAAAAAAAUCCCAUUUCGUAAAAAUUGGAAAGCAAAUAUUAGUCUAAUUUGUAAAAUUUAUGUUUUAAAACGCAAUUUGUUUAAAAUUAAACUGAAUUAGCUCGAGAUUUCAUUAUAAUAAUUAUCACUUAUAUAUUAAAAAAAUUUUUGUUCGCUCACGGAGGGUGGGUUUUUUGGGCAAAAAAUAGGGAUUUUCUAAUGGUUUUGUUCGCUCAAGGAGGGGUGAGUAAGUGGCCAAGAAUGGACUGUUGAAGGAAUUUUAAGGAAUUAUAGAGAAAAUGUGAAUGCUAAUAUGAAGUUUAUUAGCAUCAAUUUGGGCGGGCACGGAAAAGCUGUAACUGCAGAUCUAGAAGAUGAUAUGAAGAAUAUUCUAGUCUCAGGGUACAGUGACUCCAUUUUGAGACUUGUGACAGAGCUGCAGGUUUCCCAAGUUGACGCAGUCAAGCUAGCAGCGCAAUCCCUAAUUAAAACUUAA